GCUAGCUAGCAGUAAGCGGGACCUCGGAGAUAAAGGCACGUUUACGUCGUUGGAGGCGGUGAGCGGCAGGUGCCAUGGUAAGACCGAGACACUUGAUGCCAGGAAGAUUUCCCCGGGCAGCUCGUCCUCUAUUUCCGUGAAGAUGCCCGCUGUGAUCCGCGAUAAGGAGCACUCUGAGUCCUCUUCCGAAGACGAAGACCAUCCCUGCAUUGCCUGGAGUGGCCUCAGCAAGACCAUCCCAAUUCUCUUGUUUUUCCCUGAAGCUGCUGUUUCAAAAGAUGGGAAUAUCUGCUCUACUGGAGAGCAAUAUCAUAUGGCCUUCAAGAUUGUGCGCACAGAGAGUCGCCUGGUGCGAGGACUACUCACCAAUCAUGGAUUCCAUGAGGUACACCCAAACAGCAACGACUUUAACCUCAUGUGGACGGGAUCUCACCUCAAGCCUUACAUACUACGCAGCCUUCAAGACUUCCAGAAGGUCAACCACUUUCCAAGGUCGUAUGAAUUGACGCGCAAAGACCGUCUGUAUAAAAACAUCCAGCGAAUGCAGCAGACUCAUGGCUUCAAAAACUUCCAUAUCGUUCCUCAGACGUUUGUGCUUCCCUCUGAGUACCAGGAAUUCUGCAAUUGUUUUGCGAAGGACAAGGGCCCCUGGAUCAUAAAACCAGUGGCAUCUUCAAGAGGGAGAGGCAUCUACUUGGUCAGCAAUCCAAAUCAGAUAUUAAUGGAUGAGAACAUCUUGGUGUCUCGCUAUAUUAAUAAUCCACUGCUGAUAGAUGAGUUCAAGUUUGAUGUGCGGUUGUACGUGUUAGUGACAUCGUACGAUCCGGUCCUCAUCUACAUGUACGAGGAGGGCCUGGCUAGGUUUGCCACCGUCAAGUAUGACCGGACUUCAAAGAACAUUAAGAACACAUUCAUGCAUCUCACCAACUACAGCGUGAACAAAAAGAGCAGCGAUUAUGUCAGUUGCGAUGACCCUGAAGUUGAGGAUUAUGGGAACAAGUGGAGUAUGAGUGCAGUGUUGAGGUAUUUGAAGCAGGAGGGGAAGGACACCACAUUGCUGAUGAGACAGGUGGAGGACCUCAUCAUCAAAGCAGUGUUGAGUGCUGAACUGCAGAUAGCCGACGCCUGCAAGAUGUACGUCCCCCACAAGACCAACUGCUUUGAACUGUAUGGUUUUGACGUGCUCAUUGACUCCAACCUCAAACCCUGGUUGUUAGAGGUGAACCUUUCUCCCUCGCUGGCCUGUGAUGCACCCUUGGAUCUGAAGAUAAAGGCCAGCAUGAUUGCAGACAUGUUUUCACUUGUGGGCUUUGUGUGUCAGGACCCCCUAUCGAGACAACCACGCUCUGACCGAGUCACCCUGGACCCCAGCCUCAAGCACCCAGCAGCCCAAAGAACACAGAAACCUCUUUCUGCACCGACAGCCAUGACACACAGCAGAACGCGUCAGAGGCCCGCACCAGCUAGUAACUCAGACACAGAGGGGUCCAAAGACAAGCUCCGAUCUAAACAGGGCCAAGGAGACAGCACUUUGAGCUUGACUGCUGACGAGAUCAAAGUGCUGAGGAGGAUAAAGGAAGAGUACGAGAGACGGGGAGGCUUCGUCAGGAUCUUCCCCACCGCAGAAACCUGGGAGCUCUAUGGUGGAUAUCUGGAGUCUAAGACAUCGUUGAACUACAUGUUGGCAAACAGACUUUUCCAUGAAAGGAAUAUGAAGAAUGUGCAGCCGCAGGUGGACGCCAGCCACGGAUGUCACGAUGUCCAGUACGAGAGAAAGCUGCCGUCUCUGGAGGCACGGAAGAGGAGACAGCGCCACCUGACUCAUCGCUCUGCCGCAGGGAAGAAGAAAUCCGGGAAGGAACCCAAGGCCUCCCCGAUGGAGAGCAGCAGUCAGGAGGGAGAGGACUGCACUCAGGAGGAAAGGGAGGAGGUGAAACAAGCUCUUGAGUCAGUCUCACACAAGGCUUUGGUAACACAGCAAAGAAAACAAGUGGCCACACCGCUGGAGCGCUGCCACAGUGAGGCUCUGUCCAGCUCAGAGGCAGCCCCGCACAAUGCCAGGCCCAGAGUCAACCUGCUCAACAUCCUUCAGCAGGGCUGGGACCUCAGUAAAGUGCAGGCCCGGAUGGCCUUUUCCUCAUACCUGCAGCGAGUCCAGCAAAGACUGCUGGCAGAAAGUCGGGCAAAUACCAUCCCAGCCUGGCCAGACAAGGACAACGACCAAAUGGAGCUGGUGAUUCGCUUCCUGAGGAGGGCAGCCAGUAACCUUCAACAAGACAUAAAGGUGGUCUUGCCCAGUCGACAGCUUCCACUCCAAGACCGCAGACGCAUCCUGUCCCACCAGCUCGGAGAGUUUAUCCACUCUUACAACAAGGAAACUGAACAUUUGGUGAAAAAAACCGAGAACAGGGAAGAGGAGCAUUGUGUUAACCCCGGUGUGUUUAAGGAGUACAUCACGGCAGCAAGUGAAAACGAUUUGGAGGAAGUACUGACAUUCUACACACAGAAAAAUAAAUCAGCCACCGUUAAGAGUGUUAAGAAAGACGGUCAUGAACUAAACGCCUUAAGAGAUUUAGGCAACUGUGAGAACUCCAAGACUCUCCCUGUGGCCAAAGAGGAUUCCUGUGCUUCAGAGUCCUCGCUCUCCAGAGGUAAAGUCAGCUGUGACCCAGACAUCAAGGCCACUGACAGUCAGCCCUCUGUCUGUACUGAAGACCGACAAGCAGCGGGUAGAACUGGUCAAACCCAGCCAGAGGUCCUGGCCUUCCAGCACUGCUCCAGCUUUCCCGUGACUUUAGACUGCAGCCAUAUUCAGCACUGCUCCACAGCCCCGACGUCCAUGCCUCUCCACUGUCCGCCACCGCCGCCACCUCUUCAGCCACCGUCCUAUGCACAGUCCUUGGCUAAAUCUCAGUUCUGCCAUCCUGAGACUCUCUCCGACCCUCCUGCAUACACCCCGGCCCUCGUGGUCACACAGCCCCCGAGAGCAAUGUGGACAGCUGUAUCCACUGGCGCUCACACAAUGUGUAGUGGUACACCCAGCCAGGCGCUCAGGAGGAUUCAGUCCUUUACCUCAACGACGUCCAGCUCUGGAGCAGCAGCCUCUUUCAUCCCGAGUGCCGCGCACAUCUAUAACCAGAAGCUCUCUCGACCUACCUCUGCAGGCCAAGUGAUCAGGAGGAGCCGUUCCAGUAAGCUGAAGUACAACUCAACGGGGACAUUAAAGGAGUUAAACUCGCUGUCGGCCCAAGCCCAGUCUAACCAGCAGGCCUUCAUCUCAGCGCUGCAGAAACUGGCUGACAAGCAGGUUGCUCGCAACUAUGCCAGCUCCAGUCACAUCAACCUGCUGACACAACACUUGACCAACCUGAACCUGGCAAACAGGAUGCUGAGCAGAGAGAGCGGCACACUGAACCCUAAAGCGCGGCAUACUGCUGCUACAACCCAAGGGCCAGUGAAGGCGGUUCACUCUGGAACAGAUCUAUGUAGCAGCACUAGUCACAGGCCCCCGAAGCAUGAGGAGGGUCUUUGGGAUGGUCAGAUGCAGAGUGCCUAUAGCUUGGUGACAGGGGUGAACCCUCAGCAGCUCUACCAGCCCACCCAAGAGAGCUACCAGCUUCAGUUUGCUAUACAGAAACUACAACAGCAAAGACUUCAGUCUCGGCAAUUUCUGGACCAAAGCCAUUGCAGACACCAGGCUCAAUUUCCAGACCAGACAAGUUCUCCACACGCCCAGCCUCCCAAAGACUCAUCCGGCUGCCCUCUGCCCAGCUUUCAUGUCCGGUCCAAUCACAGCCACAGUCAAACCUGUGUUAGUCCUCCUGUUCUCGCCCCAAAGCCACCCAGCAGUGCCAGAGAGGGACAGAUCAGGAAAACAGCGACAAAGCGCCUCAUCAAGCAGAUGUCCGCAGAGAGUUCAGCCAGUGGAAGCCUGCCCAGCGGCCAGCAUGUGGUCUACGAAGCCAUCUGUGGUAAAACAGGUCUUUCUGUGUACCGCAAUCUGUUCCAGGGCCAGGAGCCUGGUCACAGAUGACAUGAAAGUGACCCGCCACACGUCCUGCCCCUCUGCUGGCCUGACAGGUGUCUCUGCAUGUAACUACAUCCUCACAGAGGUGUAUUCUGGGAAAGGACAACAGCAACAGAUGGAAGAUCUGAGACAUCAAACAGGGUCCUAUUCAUUCCACUGUGAUACAGCCACAGACAUGCAAGAGGAUAGUCUUCCAGGCCAGGAAUGCCCAGCUUUGAUGCAGGUUGGGAUUUUAUUUGCUCAGCUCAACAUUAGUCGGCCUUUUCAGCUCCUUCCCACCCUCCCCUCACCCACCCUUGGCUACUCUCAUACAUCCCAACAGUUGUCCGCCCUCAUUCUCUCCAUGCUACUGAUACCGCAGAAAGAUUUUACUGACAGAUAGCCUUCAGCAGAUGGUUCUUCAAUGCACCAGUGGCAUUUUAACUACAGGAUUCAACCUUUUAUUCUUUGCUCGUGCAGUAGCGUGUGCACGGCUCGCCAUUCUUGGAGAUUUUAUCAUCCUACAAAGUUAUACAAACAGACAAGCAUGCAGAGAAGCUUCUUUCAUGAGAAGUCUCUGGCAUUAGACGCUCCAACUCCAGGUCCUUGUUUCAAGACAAGUUGUUGCCAAAUCAUAAACAAUGGCCAUCGCCUAAGGAUGUGUUAAAGUAUAGCAUCCUCUGCUUGUCGGCUUAAAAAUACGACUGGUUCCUGCCUUGUUCCUCGUUUACAAGGAUGAUGUCACAAUGUUGCUGCGAUGUUUAAGUUUUGUAUCAAGAUGAUAAUACAGUUGGCUUGUGAGUAUUCCUGUCAACUGUUGAGAUGUUGAUGUUGUUUUCCUUAGAUGGACCAAAUUUAAUAUUUUUUUGUAAACUAAAUAUGUAAAUUACUGUUAUUGCAUCAGUAUUGAUAUACAGUACAUUGUCCACCAAACGCCAUUUAUGUAGCUCGAGGCAUAACAUAAAGAGGAUUUAUGGUUGUGCACAGCAGUAAUAGCCUACAAGGAAGAUUAAUAUUGCACUCAGACCAAUAGCCUUGUGGAUAUUCUAUUGCUUGUGACCGUUUAGUGAGUUAACUCAGGGUGUGUUCAUAGAAUAAAACAUUUGUGUUGUAUAUCAGAAGAUUCAGCAUAUGUUUGUGAUGACUUUGUCAGCAAUACUUGUUUUUGUCAUAUCAACUGAUGAUUAUUAUCAUAGUGAUUUUGUACAGUAGUUUUCAAUGCAGUACAACAUAACUGCUUUUAAAUUCAAUUGAUAGUAUUGUGGUGAUUGAUGUUGUAGAUGUACUAGGCCAGUGCAUGAUGUGUUACUAAAGUGUCACAACAGUGGAAUCAAAUCAAUGUGUAUACUCUCCUGUGGUGAUACACAGUUGUUUACAGUCUGAUCAUUUAAUCUGUUUUGUUGCUGAUUGUUUACAACACACAUGCAUGGAAUUGUAAUAUGUUUGGAAUCAUCGAGUCAGUCUGUAUGAAACAACAUUGUAAAUGAAUACCUAGAUAACAUGAAAACAUGCUGAUCGUGUCGGUAAAUGCAUUUGUUCACCACACAUACUGCACACUGGAAGUUGUCAUUACUGGACUUUGAUUUCUUCACUUUUAUCAUCAGAAUUGACCCUAUUACCUUAUUGAAAUAAAGUGCUCUAAAAUACUAAACAAAAACAGUAAGACAUCCAACAAUAAUGGAAUUAGAACAAUUCUAUCCAACUGUCCAUUUUAAUUAAAAAAAAGGUGUUUCCAAGAGUAUUAGGAAAGACAUUUACAGUUUGUGAUCUAGUUAAGUGUUCACUUAGUGACAUACGUCGUCUCAUACAACAGAAAGGCUCUACUUAAAAACAAAAACGAUCCCUGGAAUUUCCAUCCUGUUGUAUUACAGAGGUAAACAUAACCAUGGAAAUAUAACUUUGAAUUAAUGGUUGGUUUCCAGCAUGUUUUCAUUAUUUUUUCUCAGGU